UCCCCAGUCUGGCAACGGCUACUAGGGGCGCAGCUUCUAGCACUGCCGCUCAGCGUGAUUCCAUGCCGGGUCGUAGUGCUUAGACCCGCCAGGCGGCAAUCCGGCCUCCGGGGUUCAACCCCUCUGCCACUGUCCUAUCAUCUGAGGCGCCCCACAACUCCUAAGAGCCUUAACGUCCCCAUCUGUAAAAUGGGACUAAUGCUACCUCCCUGCCUCAGAGAUGUGUCAAAGCUAAAUCGGCUGGUGCCUUCAAAGUGUUUUAAGACCCUCCAGCAAAAGUGCAAUAAUAUAUUAUUCAAAGUCCCAAGCCUUGGUUGUAUACUGAAUUUACCCAGAUUCAUGAUGAUAAUAAUGAAUGUCUAGACCCAGAUGAUGAUCCCAAUGAAACCAACAGCAAAACUCCCAUGGACCUUGGUGGAACUAGGAAUUGGUCUAUGGUGCAAGAGAGGGAGGGAGUCUUUGGACCGCACGCUGGAGGGGGCAGCUCAGCCAAUGGCAGCUCGGGAAAGCGCUCUUGACUCCACUGUGCAUUUACAAGAGAUUCCUUUGAUCUGACACGGAGUAACGUUUUCCCCUUGCAAAGUCUCUAGAAGCGGCGCAGCGCGGGGGCUUGCUGGGAGUUGUAGUGCGGCUUUUCCGCCUCUGUCCCUGGCACUGGGUGGUGUCCUGAGCCCGCCCGGGACUACAUUACCCAGGUAGCCGCUCGGGCGUAUUUAAGCAGCCGCGGAGCGACUCCUAAGUGCAGUAACCAUGUGGAUGUGCUGCUGAGCUUAGUUGUGGGCUGAGAUUAACCCUCGUCAGCCUCCAUCCCUAGCGGAAAGCAGCAGGGCUGCCUCGGGAACAUGGGAUUACAAAACGACUGCUAACCCUCUCCUUGCUGCAGCAUCCAGGCAGGCGGAGCCCCUUGUGCGAGCAGGGCCAACAAGCCAGAAAUGUCUGACAAGAUGUCAAGCUUCCUUCAUAUUGGAGACAUUUGCUCUCUAUAUGCAGAGGGCUCAACAAACGGAUUUAUCAGCACCUUGGGCCUUGUGGACGAUAGAUGUGUUGUGCAGCCGGAAGCAGGUGAUCUUAAUAACCCACCCAAGAAAUUCAGAGAUUGCCUGUUUAAGCUAUGCCCUAUGAACCGGUACUCUGCACAGAAGCAGUUCUGGAAAGCAGCAAAACCAGGAGCUAACAGCACUACAGAUGCAGUGUUACUCAAUAAACUACAUCAUGCAGCAGAUUUGGAGAAGAAACAGAAUGAGACUGAAAACAGGAAACUGCUGGGAACGGUUAUCCAGUAUGGCAAUGUUAUCCAGCUGCUCCACUUAAAAAGUAACAAAUACUUGACAGUAAAUAAGAGGCUUCCAGCUCUGCUAGAGAAGAAUGCUAUGAGGGUGACCCUGGACGAAGCUGGAAACGAGGGUUCCUGGUUCUAUAUACAGCCUUUCUACAAAUUGCGUUCCAUAGGAGACAGUGUUGUCAUUGGAGACAAGGUGGUCCUGAAUCCUGUUAAUGCUGGCCAGCCCCUUCAUGCCAGUAGUCACCAACUGGUUGAUAAUCCUGGGUGCAAUGAGGUCAACUCUGUGAACUGCAACACGAGCUGGAAAAUAGUCCUUUUCAUGAAAUGGAGCGAUAACAAAGAUGAUAUUUUAAAAGGGGGAGAUGUGGUAAGGUUGUUUCAUGCGGAGCAGGAGAAGUUUCUGACUUGCGAUGAGCACAGAAAGAAGCAGCAUGUCUUCCUGAGAACUACAGGGAGACAGUCGGCCACUUCUGCAACUAGUUCAAAAGCACUGUGGGAAGUCGAGGUGGUGCAACAUGACCCUUGUCGAGGUGGUGCAGGGUAUUGGAAUAGCCUUUUCCGGUUCAAACAUCUUGCUACUGGACACUACUUAGCAGCAGAGACAGAUCCUGACCAAGAUGCAUCCAGAAGAGGGUUGAAUAAUGUUCAGGAGAAGAUGGCUUACUCUUUGGUGUCUGUACCUGAAGGAAAUGAUAUUUCCUCUAUCUUUGAGCUGGACCCCACCACUUUGCGAGGGGGAGAUAGCCUUGUCCCGAGGAACUCCUAUGUCAGGCUUAGACACCUGUGUACUAACACCUGGGUUCAUAGCACCAAUAUCCCAAUUGAUAAAGAAGAAGAGAAACCUGUGAUGCUUAAAAUCGGUACCUCUCCAGUAAAAGAGGACAAAGAAGCUUUUGCUAUAGUACCAGUUUCUCCUGCAGAAGUUCGGGACUUGGACUUUGCCAACGAUGCAAGCAAGGUGUUGGGUUCCAUUGCUGGCAAGUUGGAAAAGGGAACAAUCACCCAGAACGAAAGAAGGUCUGUUACCAAGCUGCUGGAAGAUUUGGUUUACUUUGUUACUGGUGGAACUAAUUCUGGGCAAGAUGUGCUUGAAGUGGUAUUCUCUAAACCAAAUCGUGAGCGGCAAAAGCUGAUGAGAGAGCAAAAUAUCCUAAAGCAGAUUUUCAAGCUGUUACAAGCACCGUUUACAGACUGUGGAGAUGGGCCAAUGCUCAGGCUGGAGGAGCUUGGGGACCAGCGUCAUGCUCCUUUCAGACACAUUUGCCGGCUCUGCUACAGGGUGCUGAGGCACUCGCAGCAAGAUUACAGAAAGAAUCAGGAAUACAUAGCCAAGCAGUUCGGCUUUAUGCAGAAACAAAUUGGUUAUGAUGUUUUGGCGGAAGAUACUAUUACAGCAUUGCUUCAUAACAAUCGCAAACUGCUGGAGAAGCACAUUACGGCUGCUGAGAUUGAUACUUUUGUUAGUCUUGUGAGGAAAAACAGGGAGCCCAGAUUUUUGGAUUAUCUCUCAGAUUUGUGUGUUUCCAUGAACAAGUCUAUUCCAGUGACACAGGAACUGAUUUGUAAAGCUGUGUUGAAUCCAGCCAAUGCAGACAUACUCAUUGAGACAAAGUUGGUUCUUUCUCGGUUCGAGUUUGAAGAGGUAGCAAGUGGAGAAAACACCUUGGAGGUUGGAGAAGAUGAGGAAGAAGUUUGGCUGUUCUGGCGAGACAGCAACAAGGAAAUCCGCAGUAAAAGUGUCAGAGAGUUGGCUCAGGAUGCUAAGGAAGGGCAGAAGGAAGAUCGGGAUAUACUCAGCUAUUACAGGUACCAGCUUAAUCUUUUUGCUAGAAUGUGCCUUGAUCGACAGUAUUUGGCUAUAAAUGAAAUAUCUGGCCAGUUGGAUGUGGAUCUCAUUCUUCGUUGUAUGUCUGAUGAAAACCUACCGUAUGAUCUGAGAGCAUCGUUCUGCCGGCUGAUGCUGCAUAUGCAUGUUGACCGUGAUCCUCAAGAACAAGUAACGCCAGUGAAGUAUGCUCGUCUGUGGUCUGAGAUACCUUCUGAAAUUGCUAUUGAUGACUAUGACAGCAGUGGAACUUCCAAAGAUGAAAUUAAGGAGAGAUUUGCACAAACCAUGGAAUUUGUGGAGGAAUAUUUAAGAGAUGUGGUGUGUCAGAGGUUUCCUUUCUCUGAUAAAGAGAAAAACAAACUCACUUUUGAGGUUGUGAACUUAGCCAGAAACCUGAUAUAUUUUGGUUUCUACAACUUCUGUGACCUCCUAAGACUAACCAAAAUCCUCCUGGCUAUAUUAGACUGUGUGCAUAUUGCUACUAUCUUCCCCAUUACCAAAAUGGCAAAAGGAGAAGAAAGUAAAGGGAGCAAUGUGAUGAGAUCAAUUCAUGGGGUUGGUGAGCUGAUGACCCAGGUUGUACUCAGAGGUGGUGGAUUCUUGCCCCUUACUCCACUGGCUACUGCUCCUGAGGGUAAUGUCAAACAGAGUGAACCAGAGAAAGAAGAUAUCCUGGUAAUGGAUACCAAGCUGAAAAUCAUCGAAAUACUUCAGUUUAUUUUGAAUGUGAGGUUGGAUUACAGAAUCUCGUGCCUACUGUGUAUAUUUAAACGCGAGUUCGAUGAAAGCAAUGCACAGACUUCUGAAUCACCUACUGGAAGCAGUAACCAAGAGGCCCCAAGUAACGUACCAGGAGCCCUAGACUUUGAACAUAUUGAAGAACAAGCUGAAGGGAUCUUUGGCGGAAGUGACGAGAACACCCCAUUAGAUUUGGAUGAUCAUGGCGGCAGGACUUUCCUUAGAGUUUUGCUCCACUUAACCAUGCACGAUUACCCUCCACUGGUAUCUGGGGCACUUCAGCUACUAUUCAGGCAUUUUAGUCAGAGACAAGAAGUUCUUCAAGCGUUUAAACAGGUUCAACUGCUUGUUACCAGCCAAGAUGUUGACAACUACAAGCAGAUAAAACAAGAUUUGGACCAGCUGAGGUCUAUUGUGGAAAAAUCAGAACUUUGGGUUUACAAAGGCCAGGGUCCUGAUGAGACACUGGAUGGAGCACCAGGUGAAAAUGAACACAAGAAAAAGGAGGAAGGCCACAGCAAGUCACAAAAACAUGAAAGUACUAGCAGCUAUAAUUACCGGGUGGUGAAGGAGAUUUUGCUUCGGCUUAGCAAGCUCUGUGUUCAGGAAAGUGCUUCGGUCAGGAAAAGCCGGAAGCAGCAGCAGAGAUUGCUGCGGAACAUGGGAGCUCACACUGUGGUUCUGGAGCUGCUGCAGAUUCCAUAUGAGAAGGCGGAAGAUACAAGGAUGCAGGAGAUAAUGAAACUUGCCCAUGCAUUUUUACAGAAUUUCUGUGCUGGGAACCAACAGAACCAAGCAUUGCUGCACAAGCACAUAAACCUGUUCCUUAACCCAGGGAUCCUGGAGGCAGUAACAAUGCAACAUAUUUUUAUGAACAAUUUCCAGCUUUGCAGUGAGAUUAAUGAGCGAGUCGUUCAGCACUUUGUCCACUGUAUUGAAACUCAUGGCAGAAAUGUCCAGUACAUAAAGUUCCUGCAGACAAUUGUGAAGGCGGAAGGAAAGUUCAUUAAGAAGUGCCAAGAUAUGGUUAUGGCUGAGCUAGUCAAUGCGGGAGAAGAUGUCCUUGUGUUCUACAAUGACAGAGCAUCUUUCCAAACCUUAGUCCAAAUGAUGAGAUCAGAGCGGGACAGGAUGGAUGAAAACAGCCCUCUGAUGUACCAUAUCCAUUUAGUAGAGCUGCUUGCUGUAUGCACAGAGGGCAAAAAUGUCUACACAGAAAUCAAGUGCAACUCCCUCCUCCCGUUAGAUGACAUUGUUAGAGUAGUAACUCAUGAGGAUUGCAUACCUGAGGUUAAAAUUGCCUAUAUCAACUUCCUAAAUCAUUGUUAUGUGGACACAGAAGUGGAAAUGAAAGAGAUUUACACCAGUAAUCACAUGUGGAAACUGUUUGAGAACUUCCUGGUUGACAUCUGUCGGACAUGUAACAACACCAGUGACCGAAAGCACGCUGACUCCAUCCUGGAGAAGUAUGUCACAGAAAUUGUGAUGAGUAUAGUCACCACCUUCUUCAGCUCCCCGUUCUCUGAUCAGAGCACCACUCUGCAGACUCGUCAGCCUGUGUUUGUACAACUGUUGCAAGGCGUGUUCAGGGUAUACCACUGCAACUGGCUAAUGCCAAGCCAAAAAGCAUCGGUGGAGAGCUGCAUUAGGGUGCUCUCUGAUGUAGCGAAAAGUCGAGCAAUUGCAAUACCUGUGGAUUUGGACAGCCAGGUCAACAACCUCUUCCUAAAAUCACACAACAUAGUACAGAAAACUGCAAUGAACUGGAGAAUGACUGCAAGGAAUGCUGCCCGUAGAGACUCAGUGCUUCCUGCUUCUAGAGACUAUCGAAACAUCAUUGAAAGGUUGCAGGAUAUAGUAUCUGCGUUGGAAGAUCGCUUACGCCCCUUAGUGCAGGCUGAAUUGUCAGUGCUGGUAGAUGUUCUUCAUAGGCCAGAGCUGCUCUUCCCAGAGAACACAGAUGCAAGGAGAAAAUGUGAAAGUGGAGGCUUCAUUUGCAAGUUAAUAAAACACACUAAACAGCUGCUGGAGGAGAAUGAGGAGAAACUGUGUAUUAAAGUAUUACAGACACUCAGGGAAAUGAUGACCAAAGAUAGAGGCUAUGGAGAGAAGUUGGUCACCAUUGAUGAAUUGGAUAAUGCUGAGCUGCCGCAACCUCCAGAAACGGAAAGCUCUGUAGAGCAGGAGCUGGAUCAAAGUCUACUACAGAGGCAGCUGGAGGAUCAUAAAAGGGGUGAAGCACUCAGGCAAGUUUUGGUCAACCGUUACUAUGGCAAUGUCAGACCUGCAGGAAGAAGAGAGAGCCUUACAAGCUUUGGCAAUGGCCCGUUGUCUCCUGGAGGCACUUGCAAAGCUGGGGGAGGAGGAGGAAGCUCUGGAUCCAGUUCAAUGAGUCGAGGUGAAAUGAGUUUGGCCGAUGUCCAAUGUCAUUUGGAUAAGGAAGGUGCAUCCAACCUCGUCAUAGACCUCAUCAUGAAUGCCACCAGUGACAGAGUUUUUCAUGAAAGUAUUCUGCUAGCCAUUGCCCUUCUGGAAGGUGGCAACACUACUAUACAGCAUUCGUUUUUCUGCCGACUAACAGAAGAUAAGAAAUCUGAAAAGUUCUUUAAGGUUUUCUAUGACCGCAUGAAGGUGGCACAACAAGAAAUCAAGGCUACAGUCACAGUAAACACCAGUGACUUGGGAAAUAAAAAGAAAGAUGAGGACUCAGACAGAGAUGCACCAGUUAGGAAAAGAGUGAAAGAGCCCACAACACAAAUUACAGAGGAAGUCCGGGAUCAGUUGCUAGAGGCCUCUGCUGCUACAAGAAAGGCUUAUAAUACAUACAGGAGGGAAGCUGAUCCUGAUGACCAUUAUUCAGCUGUGGAUGGACCACAGUCUGCACCAGACAAGAACAAAGAUGACUUGGAGAUGAGCGCUGUGAUUACAAUAAUGCAGCCCAUUCUCCGUUUCUUACAGCUACUCUGUGAAAACCACAACCGGGAUCUACAGAACUUCCUACGCUGUCAAAAUAACAAAACUAACUAUAACUUGGUGUGUGAGACACUGCAGUUUCUGGACUGUAUCUGUGGAAGCACGACUGGAGGACUUGGGCUUCUUGGUCUGUAUAUAAAUGAGAAAAACGUAGCACUGAUCAACCAGACACUGGAAAGUUUGACCGAGUACUGUCAGGGACCAUGCCAUGAAAACCAGAACUGCAUUGCUACUCAUGAAUCCAAUGGUAUUGAUAUCAUCACAGCAUUAAUUCUCAAUGACAUCAACCCUUUGGGGAAAAAGAGGAUGGACCUUGUAUUAGAACUGAAGAACAAUGCCUCCAAAUUACUGUUGGCAAUCAUGGAGAGCAGGCAUGACAGCGAGAACGCGGAGAGAAUACUUUACAAUAUGAGACCAAAAGAACUGGUGGAAGUGAUAAAGAAGGCAUAUAUGCAAGGUGAGGUAGAGUUUGAGGAUGGAGAGAAUGGUGAAGAUCUUGCAGCAUCUCCUAGGAACGUGGGGCACAACAUUUACAUACUAGCUCAUCAGUUGGCUCGUCAUAACAAAGAGCUGCAGAACAUGCUGAAGCCUGGAGGUCAGAUAGAAGGAGACGAAGCUCUGGAGUUCUAUGCCAAGCACACAGCACAGAUUGAGAUUGUUAGAUUGGACCGUACAAUGGAGCAAAUAGUCUUCCCUGUGCCAAGUAUAUGCGAAUUCCUCACCAAGGAAUCUAAACUACGGAUAUACUACACCACAGAAAGAGAUGAACAAGGCAGUAAGAUCAAUGAUUUCUUCUUAAGAUCAGAAGACCUCUUCAAUGAAAUGAACUGGCAAAAGAAAUUGAGAGCUCAACCUGUAUUGUACUGGUGCUCUCGCAACAUGUCCUUCUGGAGCAGUAUUUCGUUUAACCUUGCGGUCCUUAUGAAUCUACUCGUAGCAUUUUUCUAUCCAUUCAAAGGAGUCCGAGGAGGUACGCUAGAGCCCCAUUUGUCGGGCUUACUCUGGACAGCUAUGCUUAUAUCUUUGGCCAUAGUUAUAGCUCUUCCUAAGCCCCAUGGUAUCCGAGCUUUAAUAGCUUCUACGAUAUUACGACUAAUAUUUUCAGUGGGUUUGCAGCCUACUUUAUUUCUUCUGGGUGCAUUCAAUGUUUGUAAUAAAAUAAUUUUCCUGAUGAGUUUUGUGGGUAACUGUGGGACAUUCACUAGAGGAUACAAGGCAAUGAUCCUGGACGUGGAAUUCCUUUAUCAUCUGCUAUACCUUCUUAUUUGUGCUAUGGGGCUCUUCGUACAUGAAUUUUUCUAUAGUUUGUUGGUAGGUAUUCAUCUUCUCUUUUGGAGCGCUAUCUGUGUUUUUUUUUUCUAAAGCCACGAUCGCAAUAGUAUCUAGAAGACAUAAAUGUGUCACACUACAAUCUACCCAGAAAUAGAACCUAGGUUUUCCACUUCCAGUGUGGCUGCUGUCCUUGGUGGAAUUGCGUUUUAGUGCUAGUCCUUUUCAGGAGACCAACCUCAUGCAGUUUUAGCUUGCGAGCUUACUGGGGGGGACUCACAUUGCCCCUGUGCUACUCCAGCUCUCCUUACUUGAGAGAUAAAUGGAAGACUUGUAAUUUCUUCUACUCCAGUACCGUACACAAGCACUGCACAUUGCUUUAUUAUAAUUAAAAUGUGAGAUUUAUGAAUGUGUACAAUUGCAAAGAGGGCUAAUUUACAAGUACUUCCCCAUUUCAGACCCCAUUCCCAGACAACUAAAGUAUUGGGGAAAGGAUAAAAGCAGAUUCCUUUGGCUAAAUAUACCAUUUCUUAGCUUGCCUAGACUAUAUAAUUUGUCUCUGGUUCUAAGGUUAGAUAAUAAAUUGGCUUAAACUAUCCUCAAAGUAACACUGUGAAGUAUCCAAGUCUCCUCUAAGUCACCAGUGAGCACUACCCAGAUCAGAAAACUCACUACAAAAUCUGGCACAGAUAGCACAUAAAUGGUAGCUACUUCAGGAGAAAUCCUGGUGGGAACGAGAGGCAAAUUGUUCUGCAAGGUGAGUGAUGCUUCCCCAGUGUCAGAGGUUGUACCAGUCACUUACAGUGAGUUUAGGUGCUUAUUAUAUUUAGGAGCCUUUUUUUU